AUGGAAUCAGGCGACGCCAACAACAACAACAACAGCAACAACAACAACAGCAACAACAACAACAACGAAACCACCCCCAAGCGCACAAAAAUCUGCGUCUACUGCGGCGCCUCCCCAGGCUUUAACCCCAUCUACGUUGAAGCCGCCCGCUCACUCGCAAGAGAAAUGGCCAAAAACAACAUCCAACUAGUCUACGGAGGCGGCACAGUAGGCCUAAUGGGCGAAGUAGCCCGUACCCUCGUCUCCCUCUCCGGACCGGACUCAGUCCACGGCAUAAUCCCCGAAGCCCUCGUCCGCUACGAGCGCGACGCAAACUACUCCUCCACCAUCCCCGACCCGUCCAACCCUUCCUCCCGUCCCCAUACCUCCUCCACCUCCUCCCUGACAGUCCCGGAAGAGACAGUCUUCGGCCGGACAACCAUCGUCCCCGACAUGCACACCCGAAAACGCCUCAUGGCCCAAGAGGUCCUCGACGGUGGCCCAGGCUCCGGUUUCGUCGCCCUGGCAGGCGGGUACGGUACCUUGGAGGAGCUGUUUGAGACCAUGACGUGGAACCAGCUGGGCAUUCACAACAAGGGGAUCGUCAUUCUCAACAUCAACGGUUUCUACGAUGGCAUCAGGCAGUGGAUCAACAAGAGCGUAGAAGAGGGGUUUAUCCACGGUGGGAACAAGAACAUCCUUGUCGAGGCCAAGACAGCAGAGGAGGCGAUCAGGGCGUUGGAAGAGUACAAGGUGUCAGACGCGGCGCUCAAGUUGAACUGGAGCUCGCAAUAG